AUGGCCAGUCGACAGUUUGCAAGCGAUGGGUUCAGGCCUGAAGACCGAGCAUUGGCGGACUAUCGGCCAUGGAGAAACUGGAAGGACCGGUUCGAGACAGUCAUCCCCUUCCUCCUUCGUCCUGACAGCGAUGUCUCACAAGAGAACCCACUGCUUCAUCAACUCGUCCAGAGUCGGUACGAGGAAAGCUUGGAGACAAGAGCCGGGGAGCCGAUCUCCAGAUGCCCGCAUGAGUAUGACCGGCUCAGCUCAGCAACAAUGCUCAACAGAUCUAGGAAACGCAGAGCGGACACCAGGGAAUUCCAGGAAAGAGUUGUGAGAUUCGAAAGGCCAGCCAAAAGGCCAGCGACUGCAGCGGAAAGAAAAUUGCCAGUUAAUCAGUUGCGAUUCGAGGCCAUUUGCAGCUCGCUGAAAGAGGAUAUACGUAUUAUUGGGAGGAUUGGUUCAGGAUCAUACGGAACCGUUUACCUAGGUCGAGGGCCUGCACCUGGCGCUCCAUACGACCCUGCCAACGAGAUGACAUAUGCAAUCAAAGUUGAGGAUCAUCGCACCAUAUCGGAGUCGUUCUGGGGCCAAUCCAAGCCUGAAAUGGUGUGCAUCAUGGACAAUGGAAGAGUUCGUCUCAUUCCGCGCGAAGCAAUGGUCAUGCUCCUGUUGACUAACAACCCAAGAUUCCCAACGCUCGCGUCCGUCUGGACCGAGGCUCGUGACACUGCCAUCGUCAUGAGCGCGUGUGUCGAUCAUCGUAUGACCGAAAGACUAUUAACAAGGCAGAAAAAGAAGGAGGAGAAGGAGAAGGAGAAAAAGAAGAAAGCUCCAUGGCAGAUAAAAGCGCCAUCUUUCUGUGGGGAUUUCCUGAUGUAUCACAAACAGACGCUCAUUGACGAAGUCGAAGCCUGCAAGGUGUCAUCGCAGCUUCUGGAAGCAAUCGCCUAUCUUCGGGAUAUGAAUCUCUCCUACGAUGACCUUUCGCAUCUCAAUUACCUGGUGGACGAGAAUCUCAAUGUGCAACUCAUUGACUUUGGACUCAUGUCCUUCGGACUCAAGGAGUCCGAUUUCGACACCAAUCUUUACACAUACCUGAUCUAUCAAGAAUACCAGAUCAUGCCAGAGCUUGUAAUCGAGGUGAUGAAACCGAAUUACCUGUUCGACCUGCAACGCAACUGGGGCCAGAUGACAGUCUACCUGCCCAACGAUGUUCGCCAAAGCCACCUCUGGAAAUACGCCGCCAUGGUUUAUGGCUUGCUGCAUGGAUUUGCGCCCUGGGAGGAUCCAGAAUGGGACCAAGGUGUCGGUUUGAUCGAGGACUUUAUCGAAGAUCGACUAACGCCGGAGAACUACUAUCAAGGGGCGCGUUGGGAAGCGGCUGCGAAGAGGCGGAAGCAAAUGGUCAAUGAAGAGUUGCCCAUCGACGAGAGCCUCUCGCAGGAUUGUGUGGACAUGCUGCGAGCAACCCUGCAGAAAGAUCCAACCCAGCGACCAAGACUCAGCGAGUUGGAAUCGUUCCCCUGGUUCGGCCAAUGGGCCUCCCACACCGACAGGUCGUUCAGGAGGCCCAGAAGUCGGGUGUACGAGGCGCUACUUCCGUCAAACAUAAGGGAUUCUAACUGA